GAGGGCCGCGCCGAGGCAGAGUGGCGCGGGCGGGCGGAGGCGCGCGCCGGCCGCUGGAUCUCCGGCUCGCCGCCGCCCGCCACGCACGUGCGGCAGCUGUCGUGCGCCGAGCUCCCGCCCUGCGGCUGCUUUGUUGCCUCCGGGCCGCCGGCACCAUGCUCACGCCGGGCUCUGCGGGCCCGGGCGACGCACACGCGGUUGACAUCAUGGACAUAUGUGAGUCCAUCCUGGAGAGGAAGCGGCAUGACAGUGAGAGGUCUACGUGCAGCAUCUUGGAGCAGAAUGACAUUGAAGCUGUUGAGGUGCUGGUUUGCAUGAGCUCCUGGGGUCAGAGAUCCCAAAAAGGGGACCUGUUGAAGAUAAGACCGCUCACACCUGUCUCUGACUCUGGCGAUAUCACCACCACUGUGCCGAUGGACUCACCUGCACCUGAGCUACCAAAGGACUUCCAUUCUUUAUCAACUCUGUGCAUGACUCCUCCUCAGAGCCCUGACCUCACGGAGCCAUCAACAGGGACACUUGGUCCUUCCCAAGUAACUGAUUCCAAAGCCCCCAUGGUCAUGGCUGGCCCCUCAGCCUCUCGUGGGGGAGCCCCCCCUCCCUGCAGGGCCAUGGUGACAAGUGUCAUUUGCUACACCGGGGGGACUCCUGCCCACACUCCUACCACUCAGGCUCAAGAGCACCACCUUUCAGCCAACAGAGAAGCGGAAGCCCGGUGUCUGGAACACACCGAAGCUUUGCCGGACACACGCCUCACAGACAGUUUGCUCACCGUUAACGCGGUGUCCUGCCAGCCUUGCUCACACAAGUCUGGCGGCCUGACCUCCACCGACGACAAGAGCCCGCAGGCAGGGUGGCCUGUUGCGGUUCCGAUCUGCUCACCAAAGAAUCAUGACAGUGACUUGCCAAGGAAAGCCACCCCUCUGAUUUCUGUCCCUACGGCUAGUCCCCCUGUCCUUUGCCAGAUGCUCCCUGUGACUGGACAAAGUGGCGUGUUAGCCGCUUUGCUGAAGCCUCCUCUCCCAGUGUCUACAGGGACUGCCAAACCCAUCUUGCCCCAUGCUGCUCCAGUCCCCCAGCCUGUGUUCGUGGGACCGUCCAUGCCUCCGGGGGCUGUGAUGUUGGUUCUGCCCCAGGGGGCCCUGGCCCAGCCCGCCACGUGCUCAUCGAGCGCCCUGGCCGUGGCGAGUGCCAGGUUCUUGCCGCUCGCCCCUGCGCCCGUGUUCAUCGCAUCCAGUCAGAGCUGCGCCCCUCAGGUCGACUUUUCCCGCAGGAGGAACUAUGUGUGCAGCUUCCCGGGCUGCCGGAAGACCUACUUCAAAAGCUCCCAUCUCAAGGCCCACCUUCGCACUCACACAGGAGAGAAGCCUUUCAGCUGCAGCUGGGAUGGCUGCGACAAGAAAUUCGCUCGUUCAGAUGAACUCUCUCGCCACCGCAGAACUCACACUGGGGAGAAGAAGUUCGUGUGCCCCGUGUGCGAGCGGCGGUUCAUGCGCAGCGACCACCUGACCAAGCACGCCCGGCGCCACGGGAGCACCCGCAGGGUCCCCAGCUGGCAGGCGGAGGUGGGCAAGCUGAGCAGAAUGGCCUCGGCCGAGCCCCCGGGGAGCCCGCUGCUGUGCAGGCCGGCCUCGGCCUGACGGGCGCGCUGGGGCCCGCGGAGGGGGUCUGUAAAAGCCUCUUUCAGGACUGGAGCGGAUGGUUUUCCCUCCAAAAAAAAGAAAAAAAUUGGCUUGAGGGCUGGGAGAAAGUGGGGAGCUGGUUCUGAUGAGAGCGCGGUAACCUGUCUCUUUUUGGUUGGGGCCCUGUUCCAUGUGUCUUGUAGUUUCGGAGUUUCUUUUAAGGCAGUGGAGGAAAAUGCCAUGGUCUGAGUCACCAGCAUUCACGCAAACCUUCUGGCAAUAAAUUUUACAAAAUGUGGAUUUGUACAACCUUUCUAUUCAUGUUUUGUAGAAAUGAGACAGGGUACUAAUUUUUAUACUCUUUUUUAUAAACAUAUUUAUAUCAUUGGUGCUCAGAUCACCAAUUCCUAAAUAGAUGAUUUUACAACCUUCUUUUCCAUGUUUAGCAGCAUUUCUAUAAUAAUCCUUCUUUUAGUAAAGUUGACACAUUACUCAGCCAAAAAAAAUUUUUACAACUUCAUAAUCAGGUCUUUUAGAUCUGAGAUUUUUUUAGAUUCAGGACUGGUUGACUUAGGGGCCUCUUAAAGAAAUGGGCAAAAAAACCCCUCACAGUCAGCUUCUUCAUAACAUUUUCAAGGGAAGUUCCAGACAACCGUUCCUUUAAGGCUCUCCCCCACGGCCCCCAAGGAAUUACAGUUCUGCUCCGUACAACUUAGUCCCUCGCGCCCGUGCUGUGACUCGAGAAGCUUGUACCCCAGAGGUCAGAGUGCUCGAUAGAUACCGGGGGAGCAGAGAGCCGCUCUGCUGAGAACAAGCCGUCCACCGUCUUCUGGGUGUCCCUCAAACACCAAAAGUGACAAUGUACGCACUCAAGCCCGGCUGCUGUCAGUUGUCAGUUGGCCUUCUUUUGCUGUGGCCUCAUCCAGGUAUUUUGUGGGUAGAGUAGCUUCUUAGAGAAAAAGUAUUCUUAGCGUUUGGAGGAGCUUUCCACCAGAGGAAAGCUUAUCUAAGGUGAAGCGGAUGUGCAAACGGUCCAGCUCCAGUGCUCUGAUUCCUUUAUUUAUUGAUUAUUAAGGACUGGGGCGGGGCAACUUAGGCUAAUCGGCAGUAACGCUGCCCAGCGGUCCUUUCCUUCGUUUCGUUUGAAGGAAAUUGCUUUGAUCAAACAGAAAAUCACCUGGAACCUGGGGGGUGUUGCAGUCUCUCUAGAAAAUAGACUUUGCAUGACUUUGCAGCUGUGAGCACAGGUCCUAGCAUUACCGAGACUGCGCCCCGGCGUCCAGGAAACUGCUGAGGCUGCUUUUGUUGGGCAGCGUCGGGAAUCCAGGCAGCAGAUUGCACGGAAGGAACAUGGCAGUGUUGCUUUGCUCUUUGAGCCCAGGAACGGUUUGCAUUGUGCCGUAUGUAUUUCCAUUUUGUCUUUGCCUCUUCCUGGCCUUUCCCUUUAUGAAAAUGGUGGUAAGGUGAACUGCUGAAUAAUAAAAUUAGAUUUUGUGUUCAGGGCUGGUCAUUCAUUGUAUGUUACUCGAUGCCCAUUAAGCUGCCCUUAAGUAUCAACCGCUCACUGACAUACGGGUCUGUAGGUGCUGGCUGCGCGUGUGGGAGGCUGCCGUGUCUUUGGACGCCUCUGUAGCUGAGGAGUCCUCCUGGUUAUGAGACCUGCUGCAGGUGCAGGAGAACCAAAGCUAAAUGUACGUAGCUCGCGCUUCCCCACCACCCAGUCUUUGCUCCCCCUCACAGCUAAAAUCAAAUUUCUAUGUGUGUGCCGUAAAUGGCUUGAAAUGGGGAUACUUUUCUUAAUUAUGCAAAGUACUGUUAGUCCCACUAAUGUUCUGAUGGAUCGAUCACGCAGCGUCUUUGGGUAUUCAGAGGGCUGUCGCAUUGAACUUCCUUCUCUGAGCAGCGUGGUUUUUGAAGAAAGAUGUUAAAAAAAGUUUUGAUUUACACUUCUAUUUCCUGAUUAGAUUUCAAAACACCUUCGAUAAGCAACUUUUUUUUUUUUUUUGGCCCUCUGUUGACUGAAAGAUUGUAAGCUGGGAAACAGCUUCAUCUGAAAAACGCAGUCUGAGAACCAGAGCCCCGGGGAGCGUGUUCAGCGUGGGCUCCCUCCACUGCGGCCCCGGCGCCAGAGGAGGGCGCCUUCCCCAGUGCACUUUACUGCCUGAGCGAUUUUGCUUGAUCUUUUUUGACUUUGAGCCUUUUAUGUAGUUGCAAUAAUAAGGUUUUAAAUGUGUAAAAAUUAUGUUUUAUGUAACAGACUCUGACUUCUUAUUUAAAUGAAUACAUGUGAUGUAACUUUUUUCUUUGAAUCAUAUAAA